CUUUAGAACAAUUUGAAAUUUUAUAUUUCCCAUUAUAAAUAGUUACUACUUCAUCUGCCCCGUUUGGCCAGCAUUAAUGAGUCCAGGUGUGGGGCUCACCACCACCUGUGACCAUUAUUCUUCAUUGAUUAUCGCUGAGGCAGCAGGCUUGCGCGAAAUAAAUGGCCUCGUGAAUUCCACAUGCUUUCAAAAGCCCAGCUUCGUCCCUAAUCAUUGAGUAUAAUUUGGCGAAAUUGUCUUUGCUGCCAGCAAAUGAAUCUUGUUCACUACUGACCGAGUGCUUUAUUCAAACACAAUCGUGUGGUUCUCAUCAAGUCUCACGAUAAUUGGAAAAUUAGCGACUUCACGUACUCCAUAAGAAAUACUUUAAGACCUGCAGUUUGGGCCAUUGUGCUGAGCGCAUGCGAGUUCGAUAGAGAAAAGUUUUGUGAAGAAGCGUGUACUUGCUUGAUGAGGAAAUUUACGGCAUAAGACUUUAAGCUGGUUAAGCUAGCCCAUCGCCAUUUCCACACCUGGCAUUCAACUCUUGAAUCGUCAAGGAUGAUUAUCUCGAAGUGGCUGCCAUUCAAAUGCUGGCAUCCUUUGGCGCAAGUCUGUUGCACGCCACUUAGGAUGUUAGCGCUUCUGGAUGCAGCGAGGAUCUUCAGCACCCAGUAGCUGACUGACGAUAAAUCCGACUCUUCAAAAAGUACGAUAGCAUUGCUGCUUCGAUGUUUCUAGAAUCUUAAGCAAAAAUUGGUCAUGACUAACUCAACAACUAUUUUCUCGAAUGUUGAUAUAACCCGAAUUUAUCGUUUGCUUCCUCUCUUGCACACAUUGCAACUCACAAGGCAGAUCUCUGCUUUGCUUGCGAUGUCAAAUUGCGCGGCUUAUUACUCAACUUCAGCAUCCCGGCUUGAUGAUAAUCUUUUUUACAAAGAAUGCGCACCCACUACUACAUUCGUAAAGAAAGUUGCAAGUCCUGGUCCAGGGCGUAGUUACUAGCAGUACAAGUAUAUAGCUUUGCACCAUACUGGUGAUCUGUUUUACGGUGCAAGUCUUGCGAUCGUAUGCCGCAAGGAUCCUAGACGUUGAAGCUGACGAGGGACGACAGGCACUCCACCGUAAACAUCACUGUUG